GAAUCCAAAUGGCCAGCCUGUCGCGCAUGCGCAGACGUGUCGAACCUCAAUACAAGGUUCGUCGAAAUCUUCACAAAAGGUUCGCAAAAGUCGAACCUGGUUGGACGCGAACCUCGGCCGGUUCGCGAUAUAUAGUGCUCUAGUUCGCGACACCCCUAUCCACCACGUUUUGCGCGCUCCUGCCGUUCGCGCGAUCCAUUAGAAUCCGUAGUCAAAAGUCAAUAGCCAACCAAGGCCAGCGGAGUUUUCCUUUCGCAUCACGGGAUCGACUGGAUCACGACACAGUAAACAACGCUCUCUCCUGUCCCGGUCCAGUCCUCGGUCAUAUCAAGUCUAUCAAGUGGUUCCACCCUUGGUUCGCAGCCUAAUGACGCUCUGAACUAACGAGCCUGCGACAAUGACCGAAAAAGACGGUUUCGGCUGCAGCGUACUAGAUGAGGUGUGGAGCGAUCUUACCCUUGACUUCACCGAGGAAGUCAGGGACAAGUGGAGACGUUGGAUUUGCCAGAAGUACACGGACGGCGCCAGGCAUCACCACAACCUGGAUCACCUCAGCCACAUGAUGGGGCUGUUCCGAACCUAUCAAGACUACCUGAGCAAUCCGAAAGGCGUCGCUUUUGCUCUUUUCUUUCAGUUUCUGGAAUACGACCCCAGGUCUCAGGACAACGAAGAGCGCUGCAUCGAAGCCUUCAGGCAGUUUGCAGACGAAGCGAGGAUCCCAAUGGACUCUGAGCUGUUCCUGACAGUGACCGAGCUUAUCCAGCUGACCAAACUUCACAGCACCGAGGAACACAAGCAGGAGGGCAUCUACGGCAGCGAGGACAGGCACUUCUUCCUCGACUUCGACAUGUGCGUGCUCGGAGGCAGUCCAAGCGAAUAUAAAGACUAUGCUCAGAAAAUAAGGCUCGAAUACAGCUUUGUUCCCGACCACCUCUACAACCGCCUUCGCUCAAAGAUACUCACAUCUUUCCUGCAGAUCCCAAACAUCUUUGCAACUGAACCAUUUCGCAGGAAGUUCGAAGAACGGGCCAAGAGCAACAUAAAGGCGGAAAUCGAGAUGUUGACCUCGUGAACCCUCUUUUCUUCCCGCUGUAUACGUUUGAGAUGUGUGAAGUGCUCGGAAUUGACGGAUGUCACUAUACCGUGUACACCGCUGAAAUGCGUGCUUCAGCAUAUUUAUGUGUGCCAUAUACUGUGGGUGCGAUACAUUACAAAGUUUGUUUUAGGCUGGUGCAGCUUAUCCACAAUUGUUUUUCCAAGCUGAUUGAGGUUAUAGCUUGAUGGCACCUGUCGAUGUAUAACAAGCCCUAUGUAGCUGACGGCUUAACCAACGCAGGGCUCGCGAGUCCCAAGCAUUUUAUUAUCGUCCCUCAGCCAGUCAGAUCGAGGCAUGAGCUGAUAAAAGCACCACAGAACGAAUCGGGAGGCAAGAAGUGGGAGCAUGAUAUGUUACACUCGGCAUUUCUCUAGCUGUCGGCGAACCUGGGAAAGCAACACCGGGUUUGGCUGCCGCCGCCAAGCGGGCUUGUUGAAAUCAAUUAAAUGCGUAUCAUGCUGAACAAAAUACUUGCCUUCAUGCAGGGCCAGCAGAAUCCAGGCAGUUGAUAGUGAGAUGCAUGUUUUUGCUAUAUUUAUAUACAAGAUGUACUCAUGUGUGGCAGUUGAACUGAUAUUGAGUAUUAUUGCCACUUUUCUGGUGCAGCAGCACCAUUUUAAGAGUUAUGCCAUGACACUGGUUGUCUUUUAAUUUCAGGUUUUUGCAUUCCAGUGCACGCUUAUAAGCAUGAACUUUGUGGCAGAAAAGACAAGACAUGUUUGUUGCAUGAUGAUACUGGCGUGCUAUGGAAUUUCCUAGUCCCGCUGUUGAGCAAGAUUCACCAAUCGCGAGUGACUUGUGAAGCAGUGUUGCUUGGUGAGCAGAUGUGCUCACUGAGAUGUUAAGUCUCGGUGAAACCUUCGCACAGACCUAUUUCACGAGGGCGCAGCCAUCUUCAAAUAUUGUCACUUCCAGUAUGGGCAAAAACAUUGUUCUGCUGUCGCCUCGCCAAUAGAAUACAUUUAGGAUAUGUGCGUAAUUGUCGCCCAUUCUCGUUUUGUCUCCCCUUUAUUUUUUUUAUUAUUUGGAGGUUAAAUUGUUUUAUUAUUUUUAUGUCGCCCAUACCGGAUAUGCUUACAAGGUGGUUGGAGACAAGAGUGAGCGAAAAAGGUCUAUGGAUAGGCAAAAGAAAUGUAUAUUUAGACAACAUUGUCCCUGUACUUGAUGCUUCGAAUAUAAAUAAGAUUUAUUUUUGGCGGGUUGUA